AUGCUGCCAAUGGGGCGGAGCAGCAACGGCGCAGAGGAGCAAACGGAGAACGGCAAGACAAGGGAAAAGAAACAGGGAGAGUCGAUCCGGACAGACCACAGGGACGAAGGAUCAGACUCAGGAGCGCCUCAGCAGGAGAUAGCCGAGGAGGUUGGAGAUGAGGCCAUCGCAGCCAAAAAGAGAAAAGAACCUAUAAGCCAGGCCAUGCGGGCGGCCGCCAGGGCGGUGAAGUAUCUUUAUGAUAUGUACGUUACGGUACGCACGUGGGUCUCUUCUCUCAAUUCUCUCAUUCCCGAAUAA